GCGGCGGGACGCGGAGCAGCCCCGGAGGAUGGGGCGGGCGGCGGCAGGCGCCGGGCUGGGCACCGCGUCCCUCUGGGGCAGCCUCCUGCUCGCUGCCGGCCUUGCCCUCGACCCAGCACCGCCAAUCUGCAACUGCUCGGAGCCCAUGGACUACCAGGCUUUCCGGGAGGCUCCGCUCCCCGAGAGCUGCUGCCUCAACUUCACCAGCUCCAACAUCACCCACCUAGACUGGGGUGCACUGGUGGGGGUGCAGGGGCUGCGGGAGCUCUACCUCUCCCACUGCAGCAUCACGGCCAUCAGCAACGCACAGGGAGUCCCUCCUGCCUUGGAAAUCUUACACUUAAGUCACAACCUGCUGGAAAGUCUCCCUGGAAGCUUUCUAGAAAAUGCCCCUAAUUUGAGGGUUCUUUAUCUGGACAGCAAUCAGCUUCAGGAGCUACCCAGGUCCUUCCUGAAAGCAUCUUCCCAGGUCCAGGAGGUCUACCUGGGCUUCAAUGCUCUCACCUUUCUUCCUGCCAGCCUCCUGAAGCCAUCUCUGCUCCAGCUUCAGCUCUCCAACAACAGCUGGGACUGCAGCUGUGCUUUGCUAACCAACCUGGAGGGUUGGUCCAGCCAGGCUGCUGAGGUUAUCUGCCACACACCAGAGCACUACCACGGUGUGGGGCUCCGGAGCAUCCCCCGGGAUGAGCUGUGCCGCUCACACGGCCUCACCGCCCUCUUCAUCUGCCUGCCCCCUCUCCUCAUCCUCACCAGCAUCGCUUGGUGCUUCUGCCGGCAGAAGAAAAAGACCAACUACAGCCUUCAGGGCAGGUCCCAGAGCCACCGGGCCGUGGCAGAGAGGAGCGACGUGCCAGUGUCUGCAGAGCCCCACCACUAUAUCCCCUAUGAGCUGCCUGCUGCUCCCUCCAAGACUGAGAAGAAAGUGCUGCUGGGGAAGCAGGUUGUGCUCCAGCCCUUCGUGGAUCCACUGGAGAGUGGCAGAGACCUCUAUGAGGAGGUGGAGAUCCAGGUGGGAUCCCCCAGCAGUUCCCAGGUGCCAUCCCAUGAAGGGCAGCUGGGCACCCCAGCACCAAGGGCAGAGGAGCUGGGCAGUGAGCCAGAGGUGGACACUGUCAGUGUGAGUGAAGUCCUGAAGGACUCUGCUGACCGGGAGAAGAUCUACAUGAGUCACACAACCAGCUAUUACAACCUGGUACCCGGCAUCGAGCUGGAGGACUCGGACAACCUGGAGUACGAGACCAUCGACCUGCACUGAUGCCAGGGGCUGGGCAGGAGUGAAAGCCACCAGAGCAAGGGAGGCAUGAGUUGUCCUGCCGUGGCUGACAGUGGCUGUUUGCAAAGCUGCACCCCCAAAUACCCAUCCCUUCCCCUGUGCUAUCGUGUGAAUCCCUCGCUUGCCAUGUGCUGCAGCUGGGCAAGGCUGCAAGGGUGCUUCAGGCUCUGGAGACCCUACCACAGGCUGGUGGUGCCUGAGGAAGGACAUGCAGGGAAGGUGGGGGCUGGUUUUGGGGAUCAAGUGAUGAUGCUGUGAGUGCCAGACCCACUGACCAGAGCUUCUUCUCUUGUUGGAGCCAGACGGUGUCUGGCACAGACGUGCUGCUCUCCAGCCUGCACAGAACACGGUCUGGAGACAUGAAACAGGGCUGGUCCUGCCUGUGUGGUGUGCAGGGGGUGUCACGUUUGGAUGGGGUGCCCUGGGCUUGUCAGGGGAAGCCUGUGGUGGCUCUGCCUGCUGCCCACCCCACACUGGCACAUGUGCUGCUUCAUGGCACGUGUGUGUGCACACUUGUGGGAGUGGGUGUGUGAAGUGCACACACAAACAGAGCGGCAUCAGGCCCCUUGCAGACAGCCCUGUAGGAUCCAGCUCUCAGUAAGAAAUAUAUCAUUUUACUCCUGGCA